AUGGCACAUGAGCCAACUCAUCUCCUUGCCCUCCCCCUUCUUCUCUUGGCUCUGUUUCCUACCUGUCCAUCAGCGAGGGCACCUCCCCACCUCCCUUCCCUGGUGCCCCACUCUCCUUUGCCACUUGCCCGUUCCCGCUUCAGCGCACAUGCUCAGUUGGACUUAACCACUCACUGCAAUGCCAGCUGCUACCACAAGGGGGAUGUCAUCGACAAGACACACUUGAUCGAGCAGCUAUCUUUUGAGACGCUCUACGCUGAUGGCUCUCGCACUUUGACCACUGUUGACGUGGAGAAUGAAGAGGACGACCUUUAUAACCACACAGCUUUCCCAGUUAAGAAGAGGCACAAGUUUACCGCCACAACACGCAGGCGGCUGAAGCGGCAGAUCUACGGGGCCGACGGGAGGUUUAACAUCCGCGGCGACCACUUCUUGCUUGACUAUCCUUUUUCCACGGCCGUGCGCAUCUCCACAGGCUGCACCGGCGUGCUGGUCUCUCAGCUGCACGUCUUGACCGCCGCUCAUUGCGUGCACGACGGGAAGGAUUACGUUAAGGGAGCGCGAAAACUCAGGGUGGGUUUUCUCAUCCCCCCCGGCGUUAACAGCACAAAGCUGGCCCAGGGUCCCGUGAGAAAGCCCCUGGUCCGUUGGGUGCGAGUCAAGCGGACCAGGGUCCCCAAAGGGUGGAUCCAGGGCCCCCAGGACGUCAGCAUGGAUUACGACUACGCCCUCCUGGAGUUACGUACACCCCAUCGCCGACCCUUCAUGCGACUGGCCGUGGCCCCCUCCUCGGAAGACCUGGCUGGCAAACGCAUCCACUUCUCUGGGUUUGACAGCGACAGGCCCGGGGAGCUGGUCUACCGCUUCUGCCCCGUGGAGGACGAGUCGAACGACCUGAUCUACCAGCACUGCGACGCCAGGCCGGGAGCCAGCGGGUCGGGUGUUUACGGCCGUGUGUGGGACAACGCUUUGGAACGCUGGGAGCGAAAAGUCAUCGGCAUCUUUUCCGGACACCAGUGGUUGGAAAUUAACGGUGAGAACCGAGACUACAACGUGGCCGUCCGUUUCACCCCAUUAAAGUUCGCCCAGAUAUGUUACUGGGUGCACGGAAACAGAGUGGACUGCAGCCAGGACUGAGGCGAUGAAGUGGAAGAAGAGAAAGCACAAUGAUUGAGAGGGAAUAUAAACGGCAAUCAGAUGUCA